GACACUAGUUGGUCAGGUUGUGACAGUGCGCUGACGGUACGGCAACCCUGAAGGCUGGAAGGCCUCCGUUUUCACCAAUUAGAAAAUUACAAAUUUUCCAAUUCGGCUUCCUUAGCAAAAAGACGAUUUGUUAAUUAAACGCAGUUUCUCGCGUUUCGUCAGGUGUUUCUUAUUGGAUCGCCAGGGGGUGGUGGUGUUAUUCGCGAGUGUAUUGGUGGCUGGCGCGCUGAGGUGCGAGUGGGAGGCAGCGCUAGAAAAUUUCUUGUUAUUCUUUCUUUGUUGUUUUAUCUGUGGAAAAAAGCUGCGCGUGUGUGUUCGUGCCUUGCGUAUGUAUGUACCAUACAUGCACACAAGAAAUUUGCAUAAAAAAAUCACCAGCCGAGCAGACCAGAUCACCAACGUCAGCACUAGGAUAACCACAGUAGAGUGGUGAGACCGCUGCUCCCAGCACACACACGGACAUCGCACGCAGGACCGAGGAGCGGCAGGAGCAGGCGGAAGGGAUUCGGAAGCUAACCUCGGACACGGACUCAAUUCAACAGCCUGUAAGCGCUUCGAGGGCCAAAGGACGACCAUGUUCACGGGCAAGCUGCAGAUCAAGGUGUGCGAGGCGAGCGGCCUGCGGCCCACAGACUUCCAGAAGCGUCACAACCUCACCUUUGGCAAGCUAGCCGACGAGCAGCUCAUCGAUCCCUAUGUGUCCAUAGAUGUCGACGAGAGUCACUUUGAUCGAGCCACCACACGGCCAAAGACAUUUGAUCCUGUUUGGAACGAGCAGUUCGUCCACGAUGUUACCAAUGUCAGCAACAUUAAUUUGACCGUCUUUCACGAUGCCGCUCUGCCGCCAGAUGAUUUUGUGGCCAACUGCAUAAUCUCUUUUGAGGACCUCAUGCAGAGCGAGACGGCUGUGCAGGAUCUAUGGGUUAACCUGGAGCCCCAGGGCAAGAUCCACGUCAUAAUUGAGCUAAAGAAUCGCAAUGAACAAGCCAAAGCCGAGGCAGAGGUGGAGCACACUGUGGCCGUCAACAAGGAGUUCAAAGAGCGCGCCGGCUUCAAUCGGCGUCGCGGUGCCAUGCGUCGUCGUGUGCAUCAGGUGAAUGGGCACAAGUUCAUGGCAACGUUUUUGCGUCAACCCACCUUCUGUUCGCAUUGCCGCGAGUUUAUCUGGGGAAUUGGUAAACAAGGCUAUCAAUGUCAAGUCUGCACGUUAGUUGUACAUAAAAAAUGCCAUUUGUCCGUGGUGUCCAAGUGUCCGGGCAUGCGAGAUGAGUUGUGUCCGCAGCAAGCCAAAGUGGAGGUGGUGCCGGCGGGCCAGCGCUUCAACGUGAAUUUGCCCCAUCGGUUUGUGGUGCACAGCUACAAGAGAUUCACCUUCUGCGACCACUGCGGAUCGCUGCUCUAUGGCCUGAUUAAGCAGGGAUUGCAAUGCGAGACCUGCGGGAUGAACGUGCACAAGCGCUGCCAGAAGAACGUGGCCAAUACGUGCGGCAUCAACACCAAGCAGAUGGCCGAGAUUCUCAGCUCGCUGGGGAUCUCACCGGACAAGCAGCAGCCGCGCCGCUCCAAGUACUUGAACCAGCAGGGCGGCGAGGACAACUAUGGUGCCUCCUUGGGACCCGAUGGCGAUGGCGCUCCGGGCCAGUCCUUCCGCAGUGGCACGCUCUCGGCGGACAGCCUGGCCACCUCCACCACGACGCUGACCAGCGGAUACAACAGCAGCAGCUGCAUGAGCCUGGCCGUGGGCGGUGCUGGCGGAGGUGGUGCCACCGGAGAGACGCGGCCCGGCAAGUGCUCCUUGCUUGACUUCAACUUCAUUAAGGUGCUCGGCAAGGGAUCUUUCGGCAAGGUGAUGCUCGCCGAGAAGAAGGGCACCGACGAGAUCUAUGCCAUUAAGGUGCUCAAGAAGGACGCCAUCAUCCAGGACGACGACGUGGACUGCACCAUGACGGAGAAGCGCAUCCUGGCGCUGGCCGCCAACCAUCCCUUCCUGACUGCGUUACAUUCCUGUUUCCAGACCCCGGACCGCCUCUUCUUCGUAAUGGAGUACGUUAACGGCGGUGACCUGAUGUUCCAGAUACAGAAGGCGCGCCGAUUCGAGGCCGCCCGGGCGGCCUUCUAUGCAGCAGAGGUGACACUGGCAUUGCAGUUCCUCCACACCCAUGGCGUUAUCUACCGCGACCUGAAGCUGGACAACAUCCUGCUCGACCAGGAGGGCCACUGCAAGCUGGCCGACUUUGGUAUGUGCAAGGAGGGCAUCAUGAACGGCAUGCUGACUGCCACAUUCUGCGGCACGCCCGACUACAUUGCCCCGGAGAUCCUUAAGGAGCAGGAGUAUGGCGCUUCCGUCGAUUGGUGGGCGCUGGGUGUCCUCAUGUACGAGAUGAUGGCCGGCCAGCCUCCGUUUGAGGCCGAUAACGAGGACGAGCUCUUCGACUCGAUUAUGCACGACGACGUCCUAUACCCAGUUUGGCUGUCCCGCGAGGCCGUCUCCAUUCUUAAGGGUUUUCUAACCAAAAAUCCGGAGCAGCGACUGGGCUGCACUGGCGACGAGAACGAGAUACGCAAGCAUCCAUUCUUUAACAAACUGGACUGGAAGGAGCUGGAGAAGCGCAACAUAAAGCCACCAUUCCGACCGAAAAUGAAAAAUCCACGCGAUGCCAACAACUUUGAUGCUGAGUUUACGAAGGAGGAUCCAGUGCUGACACCGAUCGGUAACGAGGUAAUUCGCUGCAUCAACCAGGAUGAAUUCGCGGGCUUCUCGUUCGUGAAUCCAAAAUUCGGACCGGAGCGCAAAGUGUACUAAGAAGGCCCCCAACGAUCGAAUUUCAUGUUCACCAUGUUCACUUGGAUGGGCUGGAUGAGACUGGGUAUCCCGGUUAGCUGGCCCAACCCAGAUCGCUCCAAAUCGUCGUCGUCCGGUCAUAUCCGGUCGUUCGGUGUCUAGCGCAUCUUCCCAGCACAGUCUAGUUUAUCGUUUAUUGUUUAUCGUUAUCAUUUUCAUUCAACUCCCCCCGGUGAACGCUUUAUUGUUGUCUGUUUCUGUUGUAGUCCACUCGUAGUCGUUGUCCUCCCAGACCCCUUUUCCUCCCAGAGUAGGAUCAUCCACAUCCACAUUCAACUACCAGUGCCAAUUGUCGCGAAACUGCUAAGCUUCAACUUGAUUUAAGGCGCACACCACAAGGACAAUGCAAAUUGUUCCGAAUUAUCCCCACGAUGAAGUCAGAAAGUAGUGCUGCAAAUGAAUCGAUGUUUUUGUAUGGAAAACCCGAUUCGAAAUCAUCGAUGUUCUACCAGUUCUGUACCCAAAAACGUAGCCUAUUCCUGUUUAAAUUUAUUUAUGUUGUUUGCCAACGAAAAAGAUAUCCCCCACACCCAUACCCAAACCCACACACAUCCAUCUAGUCAAUGCCCAGUGGCUGAGUGCAUUUUGUUAUUAGUUAUUUAUUGAUUGUUCGAUUGAUGUGCCGAAUCUCAAGUUUCGCACUGACAGCAUCCGACAGCAUCCAGGCAGAGAGCGAGGCACUUGCUCCAAGCGAAUCUCAAGGGAAUUUCAAAACACAAUAGCCGCAAUGUGCCGUCUCUACCACACACACACACUCAGACACACAAAGUACACAAUAUUUAAUUUCGAGUUUGAAAUCUUGCACAACUUCCUUCUCAAGUAUUAAAGCGAUAUUAUUUUAAAAUUAUUACCUUAUUGUUAUACAUAAAUAUUUAUAAAACAACAAAAAAAUGAAAAGAAACAAAGCGAAAAUCAAGCCAAAAACCCCUCUAAUACAAAGCGCAUACAAUUUACCAACAAAGAGAAAAACGUAUAGCUAAACUAAUCAUAGAAAUAAAUGCUAAAAACCUACAAAGAGAAUGUCUUUGAAAAUUCAUAUUAAUUUAUGCUAAAAACAAAUUAUGAAUACAACCCAAACAACCAAUGUGUUUAGACUGUAAGCGAAGGAGGAGAAAAAGCAUAUUAUAUAUAAAGUAUAUAAUAUAUGAAACAUAUAUAAAUUGUGAAACUAAAGGCAUAUAUAUAUAAUACACACCACACAAAACACGCCCACAAGAAAACAAAACAAAACACUUAGCGUAAUGAGGGAAAUCCGUCAACAAUUAUUAUAUGAAUAUAUAUGAAAUUAUGUGGCAUAGGAUGAAUAAGAGAAAAAAACAAUAUUCGCGGUUAUUAUGUGUUAAUUUGAAAGCCAAAGACUCAAAGCUAAAUAUUCUAUUUGAACUAACCCGAGGCAAGUUUUUAGCAUACCGCAUCGAAAUUGGAUCAGUAUCAUUUAAAUGUUAUUACUAUUACUAUUAUUAUUUAAUCUACGACUAAUUUCGUGUGUUUUCUGUUUUGAUUUCCAUCUAUCGCUGGAAAAGAGAUCACUAAAAGUAUAUA